AUGGCGUCUCACACGUUGGUGCAUAUAUGUUCCUAUAACUCGAACAUGCAAGGCGAUGCCCUUGCUCAAGAUCUGGUGGACUGGCUGGCACCCACCCUCACCACGUCCACGUUCCUUGCAAACCAGAGUCGAACCCCAGAUUUAGUGGUAGUCGGAUUCCAGGAACUUUUACCGCUGCACCUGGGAUUUACUGGACGCUCCGGUCCGGCGUUGAACUCGAGGGACAAGUUGAUUCGAAGAACCAUUGAAGAACAUAACAAGGCACCUUAUAGUCUUGUUGCUAAGUUUGCUAAUGUUGGUGUGGCAAUACUGGUCUAUGCUAAAGACGAAGAGAAUGGGCUUGCGCGACGGAUACGCGAUGUCGAGACCGAAUGGGCUGCCUGUGGCCCGAUGUGGUUGGGCAACAAAGGCGCUGUGGGGAUACGGUUCCGUGUCGUCGACUCAGGCUCUCCUGAAUCUGCGGGAGAAAUAUAUACGUUUGUUAACGCGCACCUAACAGCCCAUGCACAAUACCUAGAACAAAGGGUGCAAAAUUUCCAACAUAUUGCGCGAACGAUGCUCUUUAAGCCUGUCCACCCCUCCACCUCGAAUAUCGCGUCCACAAUUUAUGACACAACACACUUAUUCUUUUUUGGAGACCUGAACUUUCGCAUUAGUCCUCCACCUCCAAAGGCACUUACCCUUGCUGAGAUCAUCAAGCUUAAUACUACCGUGGACGGCCGAAGGGAACUGAUCAAGCAUGACCAGUUGAAACAGGUCAUGGCUGAAGGCCGGGUCGGUUUUGGUUUGCGAGAAGGCGAAGUAGAACAAUUCCCCUUAUCCUAUAAAUAUGAUAUUGGUUCUGUAACCGAAUACAAUGCCUGCCGUGUUCCAUCCUGGACGGACAGAAUUCUUUAUACGACGGCUUCUGAUGAACCCUCAAACCCCACGCAAUCGAACAUAAAGAAUAUCCUUUACACCACCAUCCUCGCAUUCACAAAAUCGGACCACAAACCUGUAACUGCUCUUCUCCUUGUCCCCUCACCACCCGCGGGAGGGUCAAGGACAUCACCAGCUUUGCUCACCCCGCCACCAGCGCACCUGGAUUACGUCCCGUACCACUCACACAAACUAGCUGGGAAAGUGAUAGGAAAGGCGCUCGAUUAUGCUGUCGGGUCGGUGUGGUUCACCUUGUGGGCGCUUGGUGCCGGACAUGCAGGGAUUGGCAUAGUUAAUGCUAUUCUGGUGAUGAUUGCAAUAAUUUAUUGGAAGAGCGGGUGA